AUGACUGACUCCGGACCGACACGGAAAAUGACGAGAGCAAAACUAGUGGUUCUUGGACGUGAUAACUGCGGAAAGACCGCAAUGUGCGUCAGAUUCCUAACAAAGCGCUUCAUCGGAGAAUACGACCAUAAAAAGGAAGUUACAUACAGGUGUCUGAAAACGAUUGACAAAGAACUGAUUGACUUGGAGAUACUUGACACAGUUAACAAGUGUGUGGGACCAGCAGCCACCUCUCUAGAAAGUUCCAUCAAGUGGGGCGAUGGUUUUCUCAUCAUGUACUCGGUGACAGACCGCGGGAGCUUCGAAGCCGUCUCUCGCCUGAAGAGACUGAUCGACCAUGUCAAACAAACGCUGGGCAUUCCCACUGUCAUCGUGGCCAAUAAGUGUGACAUUGAGGGUGGUCGGCUGGUUCGGACAGAGGAGGGACAAGCUUUGGCCAGUGACCUAAAGUGUAGUUUUUUCGAGCUGUCAGUGGCAGACUCCUCGGCAGCGGUGGAGGCUGCCUUCGCCCAGUUGGUGCGGGAGGUGCGUCUGGAGUUCCACAAACACCUGCUGGCCAUGGACAAACGCUCACGCAUGCUCCAAGUCCGACACGCCCUGAGAAACAAGCUGACGCGCAGCAAGACCAUGCAGUGGUGA